AAUCCGGUCAAUAAAUAGUCAUAACUUUAGUGAAUGACUAAAAAUAUUAGAGAAAGACUAAACUGCCCUUAAAGUUUGACCAACAUCAUACGUUACAAGAAUUAGUACUAUAUAUAUGUGUAGUCUCAUUACUACAUACACAACAUUUUUUUCUCCAAGUAGAGAAGGUAUAGAGAAAAAUACUAGGGUUCAGCCGUUUCUAAUUUUCCCCCCCUUUGUCUGAGUAAUUUUUAUGAUUGAAUUGAUUUUUUUAUUAAUUCUUAGUAAAAUUUAUAUUUACUAGCACAACUUCUUGUUGAUGUUCAAUUUUUGCAGCAUGGCCCGAUUGAGAGGAGAAGUAUCUGGUGGUAAAGAGAGGUUUAGGCGGCGAAUCAAUUAUUCUCGUAGAGAGUCUAGGCGUCGUUCAUCACAAGUAGUUGAAAAUGGUUUGGGCAGCCGCAUUGCUGGUAGAGGGCUAACUUUUCUUAGCCCUUGUAACCCAAAUCUUAGAACAGAGGAUGCUUUGUCUUAUUUGAAGGAAGUUAAGGACACGUUUCAAGGCAAAGUGAAGUAUGAAAUGUUCCUUGAUAUUAUGAAACAUUUUAAGGCUCAAAGAAUUGAUACUGUUACUGUCAUAGAAAGAGUGAAAGAUUUGUUCAAAGAGUACCCUAGGUUGAUCAUUGGAUUCAACACUUUCUUGCCCGAGGGAUAUACGAUAACUCCCAAUCAAGAAGAUAAGCCUCGAGUUGAAUUUGGAGAUGCUGUCAACUUUGUGAAUAAAAUAAAGACACGAUUCCAAAAUGAUGAUCAAGUCUACAGAUACUUUCUAGACAUCUUGAACGUGUAUAAGAAAGAGCAUAAGGGAAUUGAUGAGGUGUACCGAGAGGUUGCCAUACUUUUCAAUGGCCAUCCAGAUUUGUUAGAUGAGUUUACUAGGUUCUUGCCAGAUACCAACUACAAAGAGGAUCUAAGCAAGCAGCAGCAUACUGGUAAAAUGAAUUCUUUUGGAGAGUUUGAAGAUGCCCUGAAAUCUUCGUGUAGCAAAGGGUUCAUUUUCCGUGAAAGGGUAAAGGAAAGACUACAAAGUCCAGCUGAUUAUCUGAACUUCUUAACAUGUCUCCGUCAUUACGGCACAGAAACGAUCACAAAGAACGAGUUACAAAGUUUGGUACGUCUAUCAUACUAUUAAUCCCCUUUUGUUCCAAAGUGACAUUUAUCAUUGUUUGUAAUAUUUGC